AUGGCUUCCUCCAAAACCGAGCUCGACUAUCGCGUUACCGACGACGUCGGCUACGGCCUUGGUAGCGAAACCGCGGCCGCAUUUCGACUCAAUGGAAUAUUUCACUUCUGGAAAGAGCACCUCGGCUUCAAUAUCCACCCGACCAUUCGGGAGUCCUUGCAAACGCCAAAUCCCCGCAUCGCAGAUGUAGCCACAGGCACAGCGAUCUGGCUCAUAGACCUGGCGAAGGAGCUUCCCGAUGCGACCCUCGACGGGUUCGAUCUCACCCUCGACAUGGCGCCCCCGGUGGAGUGGCUCCCACCAAAUAUCACCUUGCGGCAGUGGAAUAUCUUCGAAGACCUACCAGAAGAAUUAGUGGGACAAUUCGAUCUUGUACAUCUCCGACUACUCCUACCAGUCAUCCAGAAUGGCGAUCCCUCAUCAAUCAUUCACAAGAUCACCCGCAUGCUAAAGCCCGGAGGAUGGAUCCAAUGGGAUGAUCUGAACAUCCGAGAGGCAAAGAUCUUCAAAGCCAGGCCCGAACUCAAGAUCGAAGCGUUGGAAUACCUCUCUCGGUUCUGGAAUACCGGCGAACGGCAAGAAUGGAUUGGUCGUCUUCCGCAGAGUUUUGAACAAGAGGGACUGAAACGAACGAGCAUUGAUCGAUAUGAAAAUUUGAAGCAAUAUCUCAAGGCCGACUGCGAGGGAUAUAUCGUGACUUGCGAAGAGACUGCGCGGACACUUGCCAGGAAGGGCAAGGUGGAUGAAGCCAAAGAAUUCGCUCAGAUCGUUCACCAAGCAUCGCUGGAAGCUGCGGCUGGCGCUGCCGUGGUGGCUACUAGGGUCGUUUGUAUCGGGCAAAAGCCAGUGGAGCUGUGA